AUGGAACUGAAGACCGAGAAUGAAAAGGCCCUUCCCAUGACACCUGAAUUCGAAGAUACAACUGAGUCUCACCACCAUUCCCAGCUUUUUGUUGACGCCAGCCAAAGACAGCACUCUCCAUUUAGCCAAUCCAAUUCUGAUCUAUCAGGAUUAGGUAUUGAGUCGCAACUCCCAAGCCCCCAGCCCGGAAACAGCCCCCAGCACGGAAACGCGUUCUCUCGACUGAAGCCUCCGGACGUGAUGCCCACUGAAACAAACGCCUCUGAAACUGAAGACUGGGAAAUUCAUGGUCAGUAG